UGUGAAAUCCAGGAUUUCCUGUAUUUUAUUAUGUAGGUGCUGAGGUGCAGUAGCUGUUUUAGGGGUUAAAAGUUGUAGUCAUUGAUGCGUAUAUAUUAGGCUGAAUUCAUAAAACACUGCGUGUUGCCUGAGUCACAGUCUAACAACAGUAACCAAUAGAAAGAAUAGAAGAGAAUCCAAGAAAGCUGAGGUAAGCUUGAUUCUGAAGCACUGUCAAAUUAGACACAAAAGAAUAUUACAUGCCUUGGGUAAUGUGUCUGGGGAUUACUGCUGUAUGUUUUAGGGUUUUAUGGUACAAAGUUCCAAGAGUUCAAACUACAAAUAAUGUGAAGGAAACAAAGACUACUUUUGUGCUUAAAUGAUUUCCAGCAGCCUUCAAAAAUCAGCACCUGAAUAUUUAAGGUAAACUAUGAAUGUAAAACUCUAUUCCAGCUUUUUGGUAGUCUUCUUGGCCAAUAUUGUGUGGACUCGAAAUAUCAGACCAAUGUAUGAUCAACUUGACCCAUAUGACUGGUCAUUCUACAGCUUUGAAUGCCCACAACAAUGCUUUUGUCCUCCUAACUUCCCCAAUGCUUUAUACUGUGAUAGCAAGGAACUUAAAGAAAUACCUGUCAUCCCAGCAAGAAUUUGGUAUCUCUAUCUCCAAAACAACCUCAUUGAAACAAUUACAGCGAAAUCCUUUGUGAAUGCAACUCAUCUUAAAUGGAUAAAUCUGAACCACAACAAAAUCACUAGCAGUGGAAUUGAAAAGGGUGUCUUCAGCAACUUGAAAAGUUUGCUCUACUUGUUUCUUGAAGACAAUGAGCUAGAAGAGGUGCCUGCUCCACUGCCAGGAAGCCUAGAGCAGCUGCGUUUGGCAAGAAACAAAAUCACGACAAUCCCUGCAGGCGUCUUCAGCAAUUUGGAAAACCUCACAAUGCUAGAUCUCCAUCAAAACAAGCUAUUGGACAGUACAAUUUCAAGUGACACCUUCCAAGGACUUAUCAACCUCAUGCAACUCAACAUUGCUCAAAAUGCACUCACUAAAAUGCCACCCAUUCUUCCAGCUAAUGUAAUGCAGCUGUUUUUGGACAAUAAUUCUAUUGAAGCAAUACCAGCAAACUACUUUGAUGCAAUGCUCAAACUGAUUUUCCUUCGACUGAACAACAAUAGAUUAACCGAUGCAGGUCUACCAGCCAAAGUCUUUAACGUUUCAUCUCUUCUUGACCUACAGCUGUCUUUCAAUGAACUCACUAAAAUCCCAGCUAUCAGUGUUCACCUUGAACAUCUUCACCUUGAUAACAACAAAAUCAACAGUGUCAAUGGCACUGAAAUCUGUCCAAUUCCUAUCCCAGGAGAUUAUGUCUACGAGAGAAAUUUACCACGGCUUCGCUAUCUCCGCUUGGAUGGCAAUGAAAUUAAACCCCCUAUUCCAUUUGAUCUCAUGCUAUGCUUCCGACUCCUUCAGGCUGUUGUUAUUUAAGCACAUCUUCGUCUCAUGGUUGUUGUGUCAGUUACUGAAAGAACAAGUUUUGCUGGCAUGAAACUUGUUCAAUUCUCCAUAUGUCUCUUUUAAACUUUGGUUUUUCUUUUUCUUCAGUUUUGCACCACUUCCUGUUCUUUAUCAAAAAGAUUUCCCAGAUCUAAUCACUGUGUUUCAUUUUCUUUCUUUAAUGUCAUUCUAUUAAGACAGUGUUUGUCAUUCAAUUGUAUUUCUUUCUUAUGGGUUCCAGAGCCAGGAAAAACCAAUGAAAGCUUUUGCCACUGUUGUACAUUCUGUAUUACUUGACCUAUGUAUUUAGGAGCAGUGCAUUCUGCAUAUCUAAAGCAGAAACAGAAUAUAUAAUUGUUUUGCUUUCCCUAACCUUUAUGGAAACAUAUCAGGAGUAGCUGUCAAUUUUCAUUUCCAAAGAGUUCUCAGUAGUUUUCAUCUGGAAUAAACAGCUUUCCUUAGUAUGCAUAUUAGUUAUGUGGAAUACAUUCUUUGAAGCUAAUAACUUUUUUCUUGUAUCUGGAACAAUAUUUGAUAUUUUUGAAAUCUGGUCCACCAAGCUACAUGGUAGGUGUAUCUAUUUACAUCAACAGAUUCAGGAUCCAAUGUAGUGACUGAAAAUAAACACCACAUAUUGGCAAAUGCACUGCAUUAUACUUUUUAAUCUGCAGAUACAAAAAUAAACUUAUUUCCUAGGCCAUGUUGACUUCAGAUGCUUUUAAAGACUUUCUAAAGUAUUCCUAUAAAAACGUAUAUGACACGUUUGUUUAUUUUCUGAGCAAUCCUUUCCCACAAUGUAUAGAAUGCUUCAUGAAAUUCUCAAAGGUGUUGCUGUUUUGAAACUAAUGCACAUUAUCAAAAUCUAUGAAAAAUGAUCUUGAUUACACUGAGUGGCAUACUGAUAUAACUUACAGAAUUCAAAAUUAAAUUGGUUUUGAAGUCCUGUUCUGUCUAAUUCAAACAGUAUCAUUUUAAACAUGUACAUUUGAAGAGAAGCUAAUGCCUGACUGAACCACACCUGAAAAUCCACAAUAAAACUUUUGCUUUCAUAAACAUUAGGCAACAUUUUUGCAUUCAGAGUUAAAUUGUGUCAAUGGAUGGCAACAAAGAUAGCUUUUACUGCAUAUUUCCUACUUCUUAUAAUGUUCGCCAUGACAGAAUACUUUUUAAAAAGUAGAUUUGCAUGUUAAACUGUACAUUACUAUAAUAAUAGUAGCCAUAGUAAUUUAUUUUUAAGAAGCAAUUUUAGAUUAUGAUGAUGAUGAUAUUACUAAAUGUAUGUGAAUCUCCAAUUUAUAUUUUAUCACACAUUCAGUGUUGAAUAUAGAGCCAUGCUUUCCUUACUCCCACUUAUUGCAAUGUUUAUGCAUAUUCCCUGGCCCCACAUUGUGAAGUCAAGAAUUACUCAGGCUGAUGCUAUAGGGCAUAUCAGAGACAAGCAAAGACCCUGCUACCCAAAGCAAGUUGGGUCAGGUGAAUGAUGCUUUGACCUAUGAAAGCUUAUGCUACAAUAAAAUUUUCUUUAAGGUA